AAUGGACGUUUCCCCAAAGCGAGCAAGCACGCCAGUGGAUGAUUCAGAGUUAAAUAAUACAGCAUUUUCAAUGGACUCUUUACAGAUUGGUGACUCUACACGCUCCUUGCUUUCUCCCCUAUACGAUAAAGGUAGAAAAUCUGUUAAAGAUUCGUCUUUUCAAGAGAAAUCACGGUCCGAAAAUGAUAGUUGUUCUAGUGAAUCUAGUCACUCAGUAAGUAAAGUUAAACUUUCCGAUAAAAGUUAUAGUUAUAGCUCUGACUACGAAGAAUCAGAAACCACAGUUAAGAAAGGAAAACGAAAGUCAGUAUCCGCAAGUGAAAGUUCAACUACUAGCUCAUCUAGCCCUUUAACGACAUCAAAAAGCAAAACAAAAACAAAAUUGUGCGACAAUAAAUAUGGUAGUUCAGUUGACAGUUCAGAAACGUCUACGAAAACAGAGCCAUGUUUAAGCCCAUGGGAAAAGUGGCUGCUUGCUAAGGUUGUCGAGGACAAAAAACGUGCUAACGAUAUUAUGAGAAACAAAGCAGUACAAAAGGAAAUUAAAUCUAAAGAGGUUAAUGAGAAUUUUGAAAAGCAACGUCAGGCAGAAGCGAAUAGGAAGGAAUGGUUAAGAUUAAAACAAAGUGAGAAGAUGAAGAAAGAAACAGCAGAAAGAGUCAAGAGUGAGAAUUUACAAAAAAAGCAAGAGAUUGAACAAGCAAAUAUUAAAGAAAAAGCAACAGAAAGUUAUGCAAAGUGGUUAGAAGAAAAGGAGAAUGAACGAAAAAAACAAAUGAAAAGUCGAAGGCUAUCAGAAAAAACAAAAAAGGAAAAUGAAUUAGAACGUAAACAAAAAUGUGAAGAAGCCUAUAAACUUUGGCUACAGAAAGCAAAAUUGCAUCAGAAAUCAAAGAAUAAUCAUUUUGGGUACUUAGGGGGUAAGGUUACUGGUUACUAUGACUGGACUACAUAUCCCAUGCCAUCUUAUAGUAACCCCAAACCAUGGGUGUCUCCCAAGGUUAAGACAAGGUACCAAAGUAAAAUAAAGUUGCAAAAUCCUUCACCUCCUCUGUUGUUUGAGGAACGGGAAAGAAAUGAAAAACGAAAACAAAAUCAUCAGGUGAAACAAAGUAGAAUUAGUAUUUGUUGAAUAAAAAGUAUGGAAAUGUUUCUGUGUUUGAGUAUCUUAGUUUGAUAUACAUUCUCAAGGUUCCAUACCCUUUUUUAGGGUUUGCAAUACCAUUUUGCCAGGAAAAUUAAAUAAAAAAAUAAACUAAUCCCUGUUAUUUUCAUGGUUGCAAACCUUGGACUAGAGUAUAUUGUGGCUCAGUAGGUUGAGUUAAUGUGGAUGUUCUUGUAUAAGCAAAAUCUUAGCAGUCUGCCAAAGCAAUGUUGCUAAAUAAUUGCUAACCAGUAAU